AUGGCAGGAAAACAACGGGGGACACAAAAAGAGAAGGAGGAGAGGAAGAGGAGGAGGAGAGGAGGGAGGGAGCAGGGUGUGGCGAGGUAUAAAACAUGUGCUGCAUCCUCUGCUGCCAUCACAGACCCACCAGAACUCACCAGUCCAGCACCAGAACUCACCACUCCAGCACCAGAACCACCCAAAGUCCACCCAACCAAGACUUGCAUCAUGUCAGACAUCCAGCAGGCCAUGGCUCUCCUCAUCUCUACCUUUAAUAAAUAUUCAGGCAAAGAAGGAGACAAAUACACCCUGAGCAAGAGCGAGCUGAAGGAGCUGCUGCAGAACGAGUUCGGAGAUUCGCUUGGUAAAGUCAGCGAUAAAGCCGCUCUGGACAACAUCUUCAAGGAUCUGGACGCAGAUAAAAACGACAGCGUGGACUUUAAAGAGUUCAGUACCUUGGUCGUCUGUCUCACCCAAAUGUGCCAUGAGUUUUUCACCAAGAAGAAGUGA